ACGUGUUUACGAGAUGGGGUUGCUGGGCAUAUGGCCAACUCACCUACGCUUGUCGCCGGGCUUAGACAGUCCAUUAGGCGUUUCCUUACCUUUUCUCUGUUUAAUUUAUUUUUGAUCCCACACUAACAUUCAAAUAGCCAUGAACAUAUACAGCAGCAGAAUGUUCAUUCCCUGAGACUGCAGCGCGCGUAGUGGACAAUCCCGGUACUGCAGGGGUCAUUCCCCGGGUCUACAGCGCGCGUAGUGGACAAUCGCGGUACUGCAGGGGAUCUGCAGCUCCCGGAAGUGAAAGUAUUCUGAAUCAGGAAGUGCUGGGAGUUAACAUGGCUUCGAAAGGACCGGUCGAGAGUUUAACAGAGGAGGCGAUUUGUCCCAUCUGCCUGGAUUUCUUCACCGAUCCGGUUAUACUGGAGUGUGGACACAACUUCUGUCGCUCUUGUAUCACACGGUAUUGGGAAAGGGAGCAGAGAAACUCCUGCCCGGAAUGUAGAGAGGUGUUUGCUGACCGUACCCUCAGGGUGAAUCGGGCCUUAGCAAAUCUGGCUGAAAAAGCUCGAAAUCUAAACCUGAAUCGGAAAGGGAAGGAAAGUGAACGUCACUGCGAGGAACAUGAGGAAGAACUGAAGCUGUUUUGCGAAACGGACAAGACACUGAUCUGUCUGAUCUGUAGAGACGCGCAGGAACACCGAGAGCACCGCUUCAAGCCGAUUAAAGAAGCUGUUAAAAUCUACAAGGAUCAGCUAAAAUCUUCCUUAGACUCUCUCACAAAAAAGAAAUCAGACUUCCAGGAAAAGGAGCAGCAACAGAAAGAGAAGAUUUCCGGAGUUCGGAAACAGUCACACAGCAAUCAGACCCACAUCACAUCCCAGUUUGCUGAACUGCGACAGAUUAUCACUGAGAAAGAGCAGAGCUUACUCAGGGAUCUCAGGGAAGAAGAGAAGAGGAUUCUCAAACCAAUGGAGAAAAAUCUUCUGGCUCUUCAAGAGAAUAUAAGGAUUAUUCAGGAGGAAAUCACUAAGUUAAAGGAACAGAUGGAUCAAAAAGACAGUGUGAUGUUUCUCAAGAAGGAAGCACAUCGGAACAGGAGAAUCAGUGACAAUGUCCAGGAAUUGUCAGUGACAGAUGAGGCCCUACCGGUUGAAAAAUUCGAUCGCUUCUAUUUGUUGAACACAGUGCUGAGUGAAACACUUGAUGCCAUUAACCGAGAUUGACAGGUAUGAUGUUGUGGCCAUCACGGAAUCGUGGCUGAAGGAUGGUUGUAGUUGGGAGCUGAAUGUUCAAGAUUACACAAUGUAUCGGAGGAAGGAAGGAAGGCUGAUGGGGUGGUGUGGCUCUGCUGGUAAAUCAGCAGCGAGAUGUGACAUAGGAUUGGGAGAUGUUGAAUCUUGU